AUGGCUAUGACGACGUCGAGCGCUCGAUUUGCGCCUCCUGCGGGCGACGUGGCGACUAUCGUCUUGUCUGGUAUCGGCACGGAGAUCUCGGAUGGCGCGCUCAUGAACAUGUACCGCACGUACGGCCCCGUCGUGCGCGUGAAACACAAUGGCACCAACUCCGCUCACGUGGUCUUUGCCCAGAAACGACAUGCUCUGAAAGCAGUGCAGGCGACCAAUGGAGCUGUCGUUCAGGGCAAGACGCUCAAGGUGUCGCUCCAGCGCCCGUUCAAAAAGACGUCGGAGCCCUGUCGCGGCUUUGCAGCUGGUAUCUGUCGCAAAGGCGACAUGUGCAAGUACUAUCACGUGACAAAUGAUGCAGCGUUUGCUCCGACCGCGCCGCCUGUUGUUGUUGCCACCAAAAGGUUGCACGAGCCAAGGGCACCGGCAGUAGCGAAACCGCGAGAGGUUGAACAACAAGCGAAUACACGUGAGGGUGAUCAAGAAGCGAAACCACGAGAGGGCGGUCAUCGAGCGAAUGUUGUACCGCCAGAGAUACAAGCCAUUUCAGACAAGAUUUGCCGGCAUUAUGCACGCGGUUACUGCUCGCAGGGCGAGGCGUGCAACUUUGCCCACGUACUGGGUCUUUCGAAGCGCGACGUCGGCUCUUUGACAACGGGAAAAACUGCAAAGAUUUGUCUUUUCUUCGAAAGCGGAGUGUGUAGCCGUGGUGCGGCGUGCAGGUUUGUCCAUACUACGAAGACAAGUGCGCCGUUAGCGAAGCCCUCUCCACCGAAAGCUGUUGCUCGAAGCAGCAGAGAAGACGUAAGAGAACCUGAAUCUCGACCGAAGAAGGACGACCGUCUAUGUGCCGAGUGCGAAAAGCCUGGCAUAGCUGCGUGGGAAUGCGCACAAUGCGAGGGCUCUCUGUAUUGUGACGACUGUAACUUGGCGGUGCACCGUGCUCGCGUGAUGGCAAAGCAUGAGCGCAGGAAACUACCGUCAUUACCGACGCUGCCAAGCUGCAUCGAGUGUGAGUCGGUGACUGCCAGAGUACGCUGUGAGCAAUGCGAAUCCACAUUCUGUGCGUCGUGUGAUACCAGUGUGCACAAGUUCAAGAGUUUGCGGAAGCACGUCCGCGUCGAUCUAUCAAGUGAUGGCAAAGGACAGGAUUUAGCGACAAAGGAGGCAAAGCAAAAGCACAAGGUAUUGACGAAGAGUGAGAAGGAAAAGAGCGAUGGCGCUCAGCCGAUGGAGGAGCCGCCACAAAGUAAGUCCGUCGAUCCUAUGCCGUAUGUCGAAAGUGUCCCGCUACUUCAGUUUUCGAGUGACUCAGACUCGUCGGACGAUGAAGAAAUGGACGAGCCCGUGACUGCACAGUCCAGAGACAGCCAUGUGACGACUGCCACUACUGCAAUCGAAACGGAAUCGGACGAGGACUUUGACGAUGUGAAGCUGCCAGCUUCGGCACCGGCAACGUCUUCUGUAGCCGUUGGAUCAUCAGCGUCUCGGCCACUGGAUUCCGGCAAUCGCAAGGACAAGUCUGUUGCCAAGGCUCGAGCUCGACCUAUAUCGGCUAUGAAGACCGAGUCGUUGUCAGAUUCCGACAGCCCCGACGAUGUAUCUUCCGAGCUAACUCGAGCAUCUGGUUCAUCGCCGGAAGAGGCCGCAUCGCCUAUGUCCGAAGACGACGACGACGCUCCCUCCAAGUCUACUGCAAAGGUCACACGGACUCGCAAGUCUACGCUGGCUGAAAUAUCUUCCGAGUCAGACAGCGACUCUGACGAUAACGCGACGCGCAAACCUGUGGCGAAGCGGGCAAAGAAGUCGGUACAGAAGAACAAAGCGUCUUCCGAGUUGCGUGGUGGCUCCGAAGACUUGGCUUCGACCGAAGCGGUGGAAAAGAAGACGAAGAAGAAAAAGACGGAGAAGAAGACAUCUGCUCCAGAACUUGCUGCGAAGAAGCUGGCGUCGGUAUCGUUGUCCAAGUCGUCGAACUCGACGCCUGGUCCUGGCAACGCGCCGACUAUUGUGAGGAAGCACAAGGCUGGGGGUAUCUCUGAUGGCAGCUCGCACACGCUGGUCAAGAAGAUUGAGGCGUUCAGUGAUUCCAGCGAACCGGGCGAGCUGCAUUUGAAUGCCAACUUGAACGGCUUUGAGCGGCUGCUAGCACAUGACUGUGCUGAGCGCCUCGGUCUUGCGCACGAGAGCACUGGUUCGGGACUCGAGCGUCAUAUCAUUAUCUCGCGCCAAUAUGCGAAGCGAUCUGCCGUGGAUUCUGGCAAUCGACUCAAGACCAAGAAGGGCAAGCACGACCGCCACUGA